AGGACGGCAGAAGAUCAGGCCCUUCAGUAUGACGUCGAGACUUUGCAACUACUGACACACAGAAAUGGAUGUUCAUGCCCCUGCAUCAAGCGAGCAAUUAGUCAAUCAUCUCCUGUUGGUGGGACCGGGGAAAGGAAUGGUGUUUACAGCACCCGGUGGCUCCUCGUUCAAUUCAAGUAGAUCGUUCAAUUCGAGUGGAUCCAGUUGGUACACAGUCCACCCUCCUCAACCAACCAUCCUCAGAAGUUUCCCGGAAGACACUCGAGAUCGCGGUUCCAUCACGCCAGACGUGGCGUUUUUCUGUCAACCUGACGGUUGCUCCGUAGAUCUCCCCGAGCAACGCAUCCACCACUUCAUGUUGACGGACACCGAAACCAACCGGCGGACGUACGGAACCUGUCUCUCGUUCCCGCAUCUCUUCGACCCUCCACGGAGAGGAACGGAGGGUGAAACUUGCCCCGUGGGCUCGCCGGAAUCUGUCUGCAUCCAAGAAUGGGGCGUACUUUCACUCUGCGUUCUGAGUCACUACCCGUUUUUCACCUUCCUCCAUAAGGCCCUUCUCUCGCUCCAUCACUUCGUGGAGCAUUUUUUCGGGGAGGAUCUGACUUGGAAUGCGCUCAUUCACGGCGGUGUCUGCGAGGCGAGUGGAGAGGGGCACAGAACGGUGGUCGAAAUUGAAAAGUGGGUGGGGCAGCUACUCUCCAUGAGGGCACCGCAGCAGGGUCAGAGUGCGCUGGAGGUCGAACUAGAGGUCGAUCCCGCGGUAUCGGUUUCAAUACCCCCGGCAAAUCGUCUUCCCCUCUUGGACCUGAGCGUGUGUCGGCUGUUUCAGAGGCUCGGUGUCUGCUGCGUUCUUGAGAUUUUCAAACUUGUUUUGGGCGAACAGAAGGUUUUUCUCUAUUCAGAAGAUGUGUCAUUUGUCUCGGAGUGUGUCCUUGUCCUCCUCUCCCUCCUCUACCCUCUUCAAUACCUCUUUCCCUGCAUCCCUCUCCUCCCCACCUCCAUGCCCACUGCCGAAAAUUUGCUAAUGGUUCCGACGCCUUUCUUUAUCGGCGUUCACAAGAGUUUCAUCGAUAAACUGGGAGACACGCGCCACUCGGAAGCAUGGAUGGUCAACUUGGACACCAAACACCUCGAGUGUCCAACUUGCUCAGACCAACAGACCGUUCCGGAGUUUCCUUAUAGUAUCCUCCAGCUUCAGGCUGACAUCAGAAAGGUCCUAGACCACCUGGAGAGAGAGGAUCUGCUGGACUGGGACAGAGAAGACACUAGUAUCGUCUCGUUUGCCACCCACACCACCACCGGAGAGGACCGCCUCAUUGCGCUCAGAGACGAGGUGGACGUAAUGAUAAGAGUCGCGUUUGUCGAAUUUCUCUUCAGCCCCGAGAUCCUGGGCUGCACUGAGACGUUCAUGGUCAUCUACAGACUGUUUACACGUCCCGUCGUCGCCAUAAAGAAUACCGCCUUUAUCCAUGGUUACCAGAAGAGUAGCCCGGCGACCAAUACAGAGUUCAUUCAGAACCUCAUUAGGAGUCAGGGAAUAGAGUAUUUCUUUGAGUGGAGUCUCAACCCCAGCAACUCUGCCUUCAAUGAAAUAAGAAGAGGUAUACAUGCAGUUGACCGACUGAGUGACAAGCAAUAUCAUUACGUACACAAGUCUGGACUUACCAUCCACCAGAUAUGCCUCUAUACGCUGAGCGACGAGAGUCUUCUCUAUCAGGAGAUGCUGGCCUACAAGGCGAGCCACGCCUCCUAUUACCUCGUCUCGUCCACCGACCUCCCCUCCGAGGAAGAUGAGGAUGAGAGUGAUUGGGAGAUUCUAGCAGCCACUCAGCACACCAACAGUGUGGAGCUCCCCAUGUCCAGCCCCAGCUCAUACACCUCCGAAGAACACGCCCCCUCGUUUAGCCUCGGAGCCUACCCCACCCAUCAGCUCCUAGUCACGACAACCACCCCGGACUACGACGCAGAGCGGUUACUCCGCGACACCGAUGUUGGGGUGGGGUUUUACCCCGCUGCACUACCUCAGCAGCUGACGGAAGCCGAGGUUCACAUACCCCACCCCGGCGAGGUAAUCUCAAAUUCCGUUCGUGUUCACCCCGACGAAGUCGACACUCCGAAAUCUUCCGUCUCCGACCCCUCCCCCCUGACAACUGUUGCCGUAGAUACCCCACCUGUUGCCGCGGAUACCCUCCCGGUUCCCGUGGAAACGCCCUCCCCCAUUCCAAUGAGAAGGCCCGGUUUGUCGCCGGAUGAGAAUCGUGUUUUUUACCCUGUGAGAAACACAGCUGUCCGAGUGACUAGCCUCGUUCCAGAUUCCCUCCAAUUACCCCCGGGGCCGAGAAGGAGAAUCGUUAUCUCGUCUGCUUCAUCGCUGACGUCAUCGUGCGAUGGAGACGAGAGCGAUGGAGACGAGAGCGAGGUGGCGAGCGACGACUCCGUAGAUGGAGUAAUACCCCGGAGUAGGGCUCUAUCCCACUCCGCCACUGGCCCCCGCAAGAAGAGGUGGACGGGGAGCUACGAAUAUUUGGCCCCCGGGGGGCACAUGGAGGGGGUUCCUCGGGCACAUAGCGUGUCUCCAACCCCAUUCAGUUGCUCUUCAGUCGAUUCGUACAGUGAAGAUGACACGGUGUUGGUUACCAGGCGACGGGUUGAUACGUACCGCAACACUCAGACCCACGGCUCCUUGUUCAACCUAUCCCCUGCCCCCUCUAUGGAGGUCGUCGAAUUUUCGACCCCCUACGGGGGGCCCAGCCCCUCUAGUUCCAGUCUCGGACGAUCCUCCUCACUCAGGUUGCCACGGGAACGUCACACCUCUCCCUACCCACCUUCCUUUACGAAUUCCUCCCAGGCUCCCAUGGCAACCAUGUCUCGCACUGUCCCUUUAUCGGCAAUCACACACACCAAAGUGCUGGAACACCAGAUACAAGAACUGGUUCAGAAGCUCCUUGACGGGCAGGGGCUCCCCCUCAUUAAACCCCCAGCGCUGCGGAGGAUGGCUGGUUACGAGAAGACACGUGUCAUGGUCCUGCGUCAGUUGGAGACGGAGCUGGGCGUGAGGAGACCUGGGGACCUGAAGAUGGCAACCGAUUCUCAAAUAUUGCCUGUCGGAGUAUCUAAAGCUGUCUACAGGGGCCUACUGGAUCUCCUCAAGUAUUUCCUCGGCUACGUUGAGGAGGAGCUACAGAAAGAACCGGAAGCUUCCAUUUUCUCCGUAUUUCUCCUACUGAGAAUUGCCUUCAGCAUCUUCCUCCUCCCGAAAGGGGCGUCGUCGUCAAAACCGAGGACUCCGCCCGGGAAGCGACGCCCACCUGCCCAGGACUCCUCCCUCUCGUUCCUGCCCCACAUCUCCACGGCGAUAACCCCCGCCACGCUGGCCCCGGGGAAGACAGUUGCCAUCUCUAACUCACCGAGAAGGUCUCCUGUGUUGCCACGGAGAGACACAGCCAACAAUGGAGAACACAGAUCACUCCAACAAGACGACCGGGAGAGCACUCCGCAGCAAAGUGCUGCAGUUGGUACACCAGUUCGGGCGAGAGUGAGGAGAGAUGAAGAGAGAGGGAGGAGGGAGGAAUGUGGAGAAGAAUCCAACUCCAGUGGAGUAGCUGACGAUGCGCCCACACCGAAAGUGUCACUCGAUUUGACCAACGCCUCUAUCUGUUACGACACCCCGAGUGCUGCCGCGCCCCCUCUUUCGGGGCGAGUUCGCGAGUUUCCGUCCUCCCGUUCUACUUCCAACACCCCCGAGUCCCGUUCCCAUUCCAGGUCCGGCUCUAGAGAGGGGAAUCCCCCACCACCACCCCCUCUCCACAAACCGGGCUCCCCGUUGGUCGCGAUGCACCGUCGUCUUCGCUCGGAAGCCGACCUGAAUACCCUCCUGAGAGGCUACAAUAGAGAUACCCAGUUUCUUUACAAGGACAUCACAAAGGCCCUGGGACCAGGCGGGAAGGCGUUUAUGAUGGAGCGAAUGUUCUGGAACAUUCUGUUUAUGUCUGUGGUGACCGUUGAACGGAGCUAUCUGGGAUGGAACGAAAAUACAGCCGACCUCUACCAGAGGUACAACUCCCUGUCAGAAGGCCAUCGUCAGGCAUUUGGUGCAGAUGAGGACUACCUCCUCAGCCUAAUCCUCCACAACCUCCUUGUCUACAUGCUGGCCCUGGGAAAGACGGCGGCAGAGACGACAGACAUUAUCCACCGCCUCACGGCACGCACGAGGCUCGCGACUCUCGAGGAGAAACAGCUGCAGAAGACCCUGAGAAUUGUGGAACAGAAUGUUAGUCUGUCGAGCUACAUCAUCUCUCCCAGUGCAGGCUUUUCCGUGCGCAUUAAUGAAGCACGUGCGGUUAAAUAACGCUCGCGAAAAAUCCAUGCAGGGCAAACUCUCCCUCACUCGAAAUUUUCCCACUUUGUAAUUUAGGGGGCACCCUAAUCUUUAGACCCCUUCUAUUUAAUCCCUUCAGGAGCACAUUUCAUGCAUAAAAUAUACCAGUGGACUAUAUACUUCGACUUGUGUAUCUGAAUCCAUCGUGAUUAUCAAUGCUUGUUUAACCUAUGCGUGGAUACCUAUUGAUGACAUCAUUAUGAUGCAAUGCCAAAUUGGAACUCAUUAGUGUGUGGACAGAUGACAUCAUUAUAUGACGUAACCCCCAUUAGAGUUCGCAGGAGUUGGACCUGAGUGACCUUGGACUGAUGUCGCUGUACAGCGAGGUCCACCCGACUGUGUCCUACAUUGUCCACUACGGCAUCAACAUGAUAGCACCAGUGUACAAACUGCAGAUCACUAGCGACUGCCUGAUUCUGAGGCGAUUCCCGGACGAGAGGAUCUCAAUGCGACUGUGGAACGACAGGAUUUCUACCAUCUUCAAUAAUGAUCGCCGGGCGACCGUAACUAUCCAUUACCGUGACAACAGCGGCGAGUGCAGACAUCACUUCCACUCCAAAGAGUUUUUGAAAGUUUACGAGUCCCUGCAAAUUUUGGUGUCAGUGGGAACAAUUUUAAGCUAGCACUCGUUUUAUAUACAUGGACACGUUGAUUUUUACUGCAAUCACCAUUUUUCAUCUUUUGCCAAGUGAUUUUUGACGAAUUACAA